AUGAAUUGGGCCACGAAUCAAGACUAUGAGACGGAAUACCGCCAAGUCAAUGGCCGCUUCAACAUAGCGCGUAUGAUGCCUUCACAACGAACAUCUCGAAAAGUACAUCUCAAUUCGAUACCCUUCCAAUUCAAGCAAGAGGCAUUGAGCGCAUGUCCUCCUUUGAAAUUGGACAUUGGGACGCCGGGGUUACUGGACGGCCUUCGGUUUAUCGAGGAUGACACCGACCAUGAACUUGCUCCAGACGAAGUUGAAAUCAAGACCCAAUUUUCCGGGCUGAACUUCAAAGACCUGCUUGCUGCCCUUGGUCGAGUCAAUCUUGCAACGCUCGGAAAUGAGUGUGCCGGGACCAUAACUCGUGUGGGAUCAUCGGUAGACCUCACACCGGGUGAUCGGGUCUGCGUUUUCCACCCAACCGCAUUCAACACCCACGUGAGGGCGAAAGCGACAUUCGUAGCUAAAAUUCCCGACGGGGUUCAACUCGCUCAUGCUGCCUCAACUGUCCUGCAGUUCUCCACUGCACACUAUGCUCUACACCAUUUAUCACAUUUGAAACGAGGCGAGACGGUACUGAUCCAUUCCGGAGCUGGCGGUACCGGCCAAGCUGCUAUACAGGUUGCUCAAGAACUUGGUGCGGAAAUAUUUACGACUGUCAGUUCAGAGUCGAAGAAGAAUCUUCUUAUAGAAGAGUAUAAGAUCCCAAGCAGCCACAUCUUUUACAGUCGGAACACCUCAUUCGCCCAAGGUGUACUUGAGCGGACCAGCCAGCGCGGUGUUGAUGUAGUGCUAAACUCUCUUAGUGGUGAGAGCCUCCAAGCAUCACGGGAGCGAGCUUCACAGCCCUGGAGAUGUCAAAGCCCCUUUCAGAUCUUCCCCAUUACAGAGGUGCAAAAAGGAAUGCAUAUGCUUCAGAAGGGAGAUACUAUGGGAAAGAUUGUAUUCGAGUACAAGGACGAGAUGGAAGUACCGGUAUCGUUGAAGACGCGUCCCAAAUUCUAUUUCGAUGAGAACAAGACCUAUCUCAUUGCUGGAGGGACCGGCGGGAUCGGAAGGGCCAUCUCCCUAUGGAUGGCGAAAGAGCGGGGCGCCAAAAACUUGAUCCUCCUAUCUCGAUCUGGGUUGAAACGUGGAGAUGCCGUUGCAUUGGUCCAGGAACUCCGUCACCUUGGAGUGACUGUAGAAGCACCUGAGUGUAAUAUUUGCGAUAAGGAGAAACUGCAGGCAGUACUUGAGGAGUACGGGAAAACUAUGCCUGCAAUCGGAGGCUGCAUACAGGCGUCGAUGGUGCUGAAGGACGGAAUAUUCGCAAACAUGUCUUACCAAGACUGGCGUUCCAGCCUAGACCCCAAGGUUGUUGGAUCUUGGAAUCUCCACGCCCUACUCCCGAGCGGUCUGGACUUUUUUAUCAUGCUCUCCUCCGUUGCUGGAGUACUAGGUUCCAGCGGUCAGGCGAAUUACGCCUCAGGAAAUGCCUACCUCGAUGCCCUAGCUCACUAUCGGGUUUCGCAGGGUGAAAGAGCUAUAUCUCUGGACUUGGGAGCCAUCCUCGAGCAUGGAGUAGUAGCGUCAGACGAUAGACUACGCGAACGUUUGCUGUCUGGGGGAUACCUCGCAGGGGUUACAUCAGCAGAACUGUUCAGUUUGCUGGAACACUCCUUGACCGCGACCCAGGACGCUGCGUCUCAAGAUGACUGCCAAGUCGUAUUCGGUCUUGCGCCGGCCUCUGAGAUACGCUCUAAACUUGCACGGACGACACGUUCACCCAUGUCCCUACCCUUUUAUCGCCACGUGCUCGCGAGCGCAUCCCAGGAGGACACCAUACAGGGUACGGAGGCUGAGCAGUUGACACAGAAGCACCGCCGUGACUUUGUCAGCGCGGAAAACACCACCAGUGCAGGUAAUGUGGUCACGAUAGCGCUUGCAGAAAGGUUGAUGCCAGGGCUUCCGGAUGAGGAUUUUGACGAAGAAAGUCUUAGGAAGCCUAUCCAGAGUUACGGCAUUGAUUCCCUGAUGGCUAUUGAGCUACGGAGCUGGUUCGCAGUAGAAUUCUCCGCAGACGUUCCUGUCUUCCACAUUCUAGAAGGGACACUGGCCAGCAUUGGUGCGUUGGUGGCUUCGAAGAGCAAGUUACGAUCAACCUCUUGA